CUGAUCCGGAAGUAGAAUGUUGAUGGUCGAAUGGUUUGCGUGCGAGGGCAAAAUGGUGAAACUGAAAGAAACGUCAACACAGAGGAAACGUCGUUUGGAAAAGGCACGCCAGAAGUAUCAUGAGAAGCGCAAUGCAGGAUACAGAUUGGAAAAUCCUCCUAAACGACCAAAAAUUAUGGAAGAAGGCGAGUAUCAAAAGAAGCUUGAAAAAGAUCGAAACCGAAAAUCUGCUGCUUUAGCGAUGGAGACAGAAGAACAAGUCGUAAAGCAAAAGAUAGAUUCUAGAUCUAGAUCUAGAGUGCGUCAUGCUACUGCUCGUGCGAUUGAGACAGAACAAGAAAGGGUCUCUCGUCUUGCUAAGCAGAAAGAACGAACCAAAAAACUUGCAGUUGGAAUGGACUACAGCGCUGCAAUGAACAAUAUGAGAUCUAUCAUCCCCCAGCCUCCCAUACCAGUCAAUCCAGAUGUUAAAUUAAAGCAUUUACCAUUUUAUGAUGUUCUUGCAGAACUUAUGAAACCUUCAAGUCUCAGUAUCAUACCUAAAAAUAAUGGGAGGAUGCAGGAAACGCUUUUUGUAUUUCAUCUGACACCUCAGCAAGCGCAGGAUAUAACUAUGUCAAGGGAUUUCCGUCCGAAUGCUAAAAAUGAAUACACAGUUCAAGUCCAGGUUAGGUUCUGUUUACUGGAAACAACAUGUGAGCAAGCAGACACUUUUCCGUCACAAAUCCAAGUUAGAGUCAACAACAAACCUGCUACGUUACCACCUAAACCAUUACCCCUCCAUAACAAAGCACCACCCAAAAAAUACGGAGGACCUAUAGAUGUCUCUGCUCUUUGUAGGCUUAGUCCAACUAAGCCUAACAAUAUUAUCGUGUCGUGGUUGCCAGAGCAGCACUUGAGUUUUUGUAUGGCUGUUUAUCUAGUCAGAAAACUUACAUCAGAUUUUCUUCUGACCAGAUUAAAACAAUUUGGAAAUCGCCAUUCAGAUCACACUAAAGCUUUAAUCAAAGAAAAGCUAGCUCAAGAUCCUGAUAGUGAAAUAGCCACUACUAGUCUCAGAGUAUCAUUAAUGUGCCCAUUAGGUAAGAUGAGAAUGCAGAUUCCUUGCAGAGCUAGCACUUGCACACACCUUCAGUGCUUUGAUGCCUCUACAUUCUUGAUGAUGAAUGAGAGAAAACCUACUUGGAUGUGUCCAGUAUGUGAUAGACCCUGCCCUUAUGACAAGCUCAUUAUUGAUGGUUACUUUGUGGAGAUAUUUCGUCAGUCACCAUCCUGUACUGAUAUCAUAUUUCAUGAAGAUGGUAGCUGGUCACCCAUGAAACCGCAAAAGGAAUCAUCAAACCAAGUCAUUCUGACCUCAACACCAAAAGUACCAGUUCCUACUUCUACAUCAUCAUCACCUUCCUCGUUAUCUUCUUCAUCGUCAACACACUCAAACACAUCAGCAGCGAUGACAGCGACUCAGCCGGCAGCUGCUAAACCUCCUGAAGCCAAAGGACCAGUGAUUGACCUGACUCUAGACAGUUCAGAUGAUGAUGAUGACUCGGUGAUCCCUAGUGACCCUGUCAGCGUCAGUCCUCCACCAGUCAUCAACCUUGAUACCCCCUCACCAGCACCACUCCCCACGAUGCCCGGAUCCCCUACUGUCAUACUGUCUAAUUCGCAGUCAUCUUCACCCUCUCCUGCAAUGGUUAGUCAUACACAGUCCCAAUUCCCAACCAGUGCAAGUUACAGUGGACCUGGUUCACACUCCUCCUCUCAUAGCAGGGACAGCCCCUCUUUAAGUUCUAUAGACAGCAUUCACCCCCCACCCAUAGCACAGGCAUCGCCAUCCAGUACCCUGCAGUCCCAAGCUUUAAAUCUAGAAGCUAUGUCAGAUGCUGAUUUUGAUGAGUUUUUGAAAGGGUUAUCAUGGGGGGUGUAAAUUAAUUAAGAUGUGUAAAAAUAUGUACAGAGAACAAUACAAAGCAAUUUCAUAAGAAUGCAGACAGGAGGUGGUUUUGUAGUUGGAUAACUUAUAUUUGUCAAAUUUCUAUGGAUUGUA